AUGUCUAAAAAACAUGUUAUUGUUAUUGGUGCUGGAGCUGGUGGAACGGCUACUGCUGCAAGAUUGGCUCGUCAAGGUUUCAAGGUGACAGUGGUGGAAAAGAACGAUUUUAAUGGUGGAAGAUGUUCAUUGAUUCAUCAUAAUGGAUAUCGUUUUGAUCAAGGUCCUUCUCUUUAUUUGAUGCCAAAAUUAUAUCAAGAUAUGUUUGCUGACUUGGAUGAAAAAUUAGAAGAUCAUCUUGAUUUAAUACGAUGUAACAACAAUUACAAGGUACACUUUGAUGAUGGUGACAAGAUUCAUUUGACUUCUGAUUUGACGCGUAUGAAGACGGAAAUGGAACGUGUGGAAGGUGAUGAUGGAUUUUCUCGAUUUUUGAACUUUAUGUCAGAAACUCAUGUUCAUUAUGAAAAAGGAACUCUGAUGGCCAUCAAACGCAACUUUGAAUCUAUAUGGGAUAUGAUCAAAAUCAAAUAUGCUCCUGAAAUCAUUCGACUUCAUCUCUUUGAUAAAAUUUAUUCUCGUGCUGCAAAAUAUUUCAAAACAAAGAAAAUGCGAAUGGCCUUUACUUUUCAAACGAUGUAUAUGGGUAUGUCUCCUUAUGAUGCUCCUGCUGUUUAUAGUUUGUUACAAUAUACUGAAUUUGCUGAAGGUAUUUGGUAUCCUCGUGGUGGUUUCAAUACUGUGGUUCAAAGACUAGAAUCCAUUGCCAAAGACAAAUACAAUGCUUCUUUUAUCUACAAUGCAUCAGUUGCCAAAAUUAAUACGGAUGAUCAGCAAAAGAAAGUGACAGGUGUGACCUUGGAAAAUGGUACUGUGAUUGAAGCAGAUGCUGUGGUGUGCAAUGCUGAUCUUGUUUACGCUUAUCAUCAACUACUUCCGCCUUGCCGUUGGACAACAAAAACACUUGCCAAGAAGAAACUCACAUCAUCCUCCAUUUCAUUUUAUUGGUCUCUCUCCAAAGUUGUACAUGAGCUGGAUGUACACAAUAUCUUUUUGGCUGAAACUUACAAGGAAAGCUUUGAUGAAAUCUUCCAAGAUCUUAAUCUCCCAUCCGAUGCCUCUUUUUACGUCAAUAUACCUUCUCGUAUCGAUCCAUCUGCCGCACCUGCUGACAAGGAUGCCAUGAUUGUGUUGGUUCCCGUUGGACAUACAUCUGGUCAAGCAACCAAGGAAGAAAUGGAAGAGUAUUAUUCUGCAUUGGUGGCACGCGCACGAACAAUGGUACUCACUGUCUUGGAACGUCGAUUGGGUGUGAAUAAUUUUCAACAAUGGAUUGAUCAUGAAAUAGUGAAUCAUCCGGGCGUUUGGCAAGAAAAAUUCAACUUGUGGCGUGGCUCUAUACUUGGUUUAUCUCAUGAUAUCUUUCAAGUACUCUGGUUCCGUCCAUCUACCCAAGAUUCCACUGGUCGUUAUGACAAUUUGUUCUUUGUCGGUGCUUCUACUCAUCCUGGUACAGGUGUUCCAAUUGUCUUGGCUGGAAGCAAACUUACAUCGGAUCAAGUAUGUCAUCACUUUGGUCAACAACCUCGUCCUCGUGUCUCUUCCCUCACCCAUGAUGAAGGUAUAGAAAAAGAUGAAUUCAAGUAUGUGCCUGAAACUGGAUAUCAUGAUGGAUUCUUUUUUACGAUAUUGUGGUACUUCGCUCUGUUUUGUCUGACAUUGGCCUUUUUUGUUAACUUCCCUGAUGACCAUACAACUGCUGCAUCCUAUAUCAACUCUUGUCUUCCUAGUAUCUUCCGAGUUUGA